AUGAGUACGAAUGAUUUGCCUCAAACUGUUUUUGGUGUACUUGACAUCGACUCCUCAUUCACGGAGGAAUCGUUGAUUUCAAAGCUACGAAAGAUGGACCUGUCAGCGGUCACUCAACUGAAAGUGACUAAUAGCGAGCUGACCAAAUUCAAGUUACCGCAAGAUAUUGUUUUUCCAAAGUUAAUUUCGUUUCUAUUCAUAUCUGAGACUGCGGUGUUCUUUGAUUCGGAAGAGGUAGAUUCAGACACAGAGGCAGAAAUGGUUAAAGGAAAAAUGACUGAGAUUGACGUCGAUUUAGAUACAUCAUUCCCCUUGAUCGAACAUCUGACGAUCGCCGGAUUUCCCAUUUUGUCCAGGGUUGAGUUGUUUCAUGGAAAGAACUCGGAGAAACUAAGAACUGUGACUGUUAGCAAAGGCUUUGAAUCGUUCAAAGCCUUUUCACAGUUCUCAUGUCACAUCCUGGGUCACUCUCCCAAUUUGAAAAGUUUAAUGUACUUAUGGCUUUUAUUCGAUGAUGGCAAAAAUCAUACAUUGGAGGUAUCCCUCGACAAAUGCCCUCAGUUAGAGGAUAUGUUCUGCCAGAGCAUUGAUGCGUUUUCGUCGAUUCAUUUACGUUCCGAAAAGGAGCACCGAAUGCAGCGUCUAGCAUUCCAGGAGACUGCUGGAUUGACAACAAUUAGACUGGACCCAACGAUAGUCAUCGAAGAGGCAAUAACUGUUGUUGAUUAUAGAAAAGAGGCAAGGCUACACGCUGACAAAUGCAGUCUCUCUGCCUGCAAGCUGAUUAAUUUAUCCGGAAGGUGUUGGACAGAGCUUGGCAUGGAAAAUGUAAAGUUUGAGAACUUGAAGGCUUUCAGUAUCCUUCGAUCAAGUAGUGUGGUGAAUCAACACUUCAAGGGAUAUUUACUAGAAGGUGAAUAUACCAAGGAUGAAUCAUUAGAAGUGCAAGAUAGUAUUCUUCGCACUUUAAGUCACUCUGAAAACUUUCCCUGUCUAGAAGCAUUUAUCUGCGAGUAUGUUCAAGAUAUUGGUCCUUUUAUUGAUCAGUUGAAUCAGUUGCCAAAUAUUUUCUCGUUUGAAGUCAUAGACAAAACUUCGGUUCAGCCUAUUGAACUUGACAGACCAUGCAAACUACAAAAUUUACGAAUUGAUACUGGUCAAUAUUCUCACAUCAAGAUAUCAAAUCAAAAUUCGCUGGACGAUGUUAGUAUCUGCUCUCUCCCCAAAUGUUCUUCUAUUGAAAUAUCUGAUUGCUCAAAUUUGACCAGGGUCGAUGCUUACGAUUUCGAAGGGAAGUGCUCAUUUUCGUUUAAAAACUGUCCUGAAUUAACCGGAUUGAGGUUGGAGCAUGUUGAGUCCAUUGAGAGCCUCGAUAUUGACGAAAGCUGCAAGAAGCUAACAGAAUUAACCAUUGGGAACAAUAAGCCAUUCGAUAUAAAACUACCUGAGUCUCUUCUUGACAAUCUUCAUACGAUAUCGUUGGGAGAGAUUGAUGAGCUAUCGGCAAGUUUCUCUAAUGCAAAUGUGAUUUACAUUUCCUCAGAGUCAUCCCUGAAAAGCCUGGAACUACGAAAUACUGAAAAUCUGACUCAUCUAUAUGUUAAGGGAUUUCCAACCAAAUUUACAAUUGGAGAGACACCCAAAUUGAGGUACGUUAAUGCCUCAGACGGCUCCCAAGUAUACACUCAUUUCCAGAAAAUGCUAGCACAUUUAGACACAAAGAAUCCAUUGAAGAGCUAUUCCAUUAUUGAUAUUAUCACUGAUGAGUUCUCAAAACUUGGAGACUUUUUUGGUGGAAAAGUAUACCAAAACGAUGAAACAAAAUACUGUCAUUUUGAGGGAGACAGAAACUGUCCAAUUUGCUUGGAGGAAUUAGCCGAAGAAUGUAUUAUUCUUUCUUGUGGCCAUCCUUUACAUGAUGACUGCUUGAAGGAACUAUCGAAGGAUUCAAACGAUUGUCCUCUCUGCAAUACCAAGCUGCGAGAGGAGCUGUUUGAAUUAAGAGCAUUUGAGAGUUUUUAG